GUAGGGGGAGGUAGUGCGAGCCAGCCCGAGUGCUCCUCCUCUUCCUCCUCCUCCAAACUCGCAGGGCUCAGCCCCAGCGCUCGCUCAGCCGCCGGGAGCACCGGGAGGGACGGGAGGCAGCCGCGCGACCCCGAGCUGGGCAGGGUGAUUCCCCAGCCGCCAUGGAUAGCGACGACGAGAUGGUGGAGGAGGCGGUGGAAGGGCACCUGGAUGAUGACGGAUUACCCCAUGGGUUCUGCACGGUCACCUACUCCUCCACAGACAGAUUUGAGGGGAACUUUGUUCACGGAGAAAAGAACGGACGGGGGAAGUUCUUCUUCUUUGAUGGCAGCACCCUGGAAGGGUAUUAUGUGGAUGAUGCCCUGCAGGGUCAGGGAGUGUACACUUAUGAGGAUGGGGGAGUUCUCCAGGGCACCUACGUGGAUGGUGAGCUGAACGGCCCCGCCCAAGAAUAUGACACCGACGGCAGGCUGAUCUUCAAGGGACAAUAUAAAGAUAACAUUCGGCAUGGAGUUUGCUGGAUUUAUUACCCAGAUGGAGGUAGUCUUGUAGGAGAAGUAAAUGAAGAUGGGGAGAUGACUGGAGAGAAGAUAGCCUAUGUGUACCCUGAUGAGAGGACUGCACUUUAUGGAAAAUUCAUUGAUGGAGAGAUGAUAGAAGGAAAACUGGCCACCCUUAUUUCCACUGAAGAAGGGAGGCCUCACUUUGAACUGAUGCCUGGAAGUUCAGUGUAUCAUUUUGAUAAGUCGACUUCAUCUUGCAUUUCUACCAAUGUUCUUCUUCCAGAUCCUUAUGAAAUGGAGAGGGUGUAUGUUGCUGAAUCUCUCAUUUCCAGUGCAGGUGAAGGACUGUUUUCAAAAGUAGCAGUGGGACCUAAUACUGUUAUGUCUUUUUAUAAUGGAGUCCGAAUUACACACCAAGAGGUUGAUAGCAGGGACUGGGCCCUUAAUGGGAACACUCUCUCCCUCGAUGAAGAAACGGUCAUUGAUGUGCCUGAACCCUACAACCACGUAUCCAAGUACUGUGCCUCCUUGGGACACAAGGCUAAUCACUCCUUCACUCCAAACUGCAUCUAUGAUAUGUUUGUCCACCCCCGUUUUGGGCCCAUCAAAUGCAUCCGCACCCUCCGAGCCGUGGAGGCCGAUGAGGAGCUCACCGUUGCCUACGGCUACGAUCACAGCCCCCCAGGGAAGAGUGGGCCUGAAGCCCCCGAGUGGUACCAGGUGGAGCUGAAGGCCUUCCAGGCCACCCAGCAGAAGUGAAAGGCCUGGCUCUCGGGUCAGAGACCUGGAGUAGAAACUUGGAUCUAUGCACUACGUUUCUCCGACGUCGGGACAACCAGGGACUGCUCAUGCUGUGACAUCACAUCCUCUUAGCCUGCAUUAGCAACGACUUUCUUGCAUACUAACUAGGUUUGACUGUAUUACUCAUACCAGAUUUAAAAUUAGCUAGCUUUGCAACAGCGUCCUACCGAGAGGUAUUGUCGAGCAUUUGACAUAAGACAGCAUGAUGUUCUUUGGUGGUUCAAGACAAAAUCUGUGUCACGUUCAGAGAUGCCAAAUGGUUUGACUGAAAAAAGGGAAACGGGAUUUUUCAGUCGUUUUUAGUCAGUGGCUUUUCCAUGAUGUUUUCUUUCCCAUGGCCAAUGCAAAUCAUUUUAUUACACUUGCAUAUUGUGCCAUAUUGAGGGUAGAGAAUUACUACAUUUUUAUCUUCUCUAAAUGUAGAAUAAUUUGCCUUUUAACCUUUGAUCUGUAUCUUGCAAUAGAAUGGCUUUCUUUUUUUCCUGAUGAACAGAAGUCCACUUUUUGAGUCAUUUCACUCCUCAGUCCUAUUCCCAUCUUAGAUUCUUUGACAUGAGAAAACCUUCCAAAUGGAUUUUGUGUCAGUGGCAGUGUGUAAGUUGCCCUGGCUCUUUAUAUAUCAUUGUUUCAUUGUUAUGUUCUAAUACAAAGAACUGGCUUAUAGGGCCAGGGUAUUAUUAUUGAAUUAUUAUUCUCGCAUGAAAACAAAGAUAUCUUUGCUUUAAGAUGUGAGAAGAAAUGAAUUUCUUUUGUUUGCAUUAAGUUAUGGAAGAGUUGUAAUAUAUACUUUCAGAAAGAAGAGAGGGAAAUGAGUACUUCUAAGCCGUAAUUCUGUGGCAAUAUUGCAAUAUCUUCAAUAGUGCUCGUAAUUUUUUCUCCUUGGGCACACAUUAAACAUACAUAGCAUAGAGCAGUCUGGCUUGUGGCAUAGUGCACUGAAUUAAAAAGUCAAAUAGCAAACUUGAAUUCUAACACAGAAUUCAAUUUUUUUUUUUCAAUCAGUACUAUUAAGCCAGACAUACUGGUCACUAGGUGGAAAUCAAACCUUAAAACUGAAAUUCUUCAGCAUUGUAAUUUCAAAGCACUUACCUGCUUCAAUGCAUUGUAUAUUAAGAGUAACUCUUGUAUAAUUUUAGAGCAACAAUAUCAAUAGCAUUUCAGCCAUUCUGUAAGCCAUGUGUAAUCACAACUGCAGAAACAAGGAGAAAAAAAAAAAAGCCCCGUUUUUCAGUUUAGCUAAUUAGGUCUGUAACAUAACUAGGAUUGCGCUAAUGAAUUCUGAGCUUUUUGUUUUUUAUAAGUGCCCUCACCACAGGCCAUAGCCAUGUCUCCUUUAGAUGCCUCAAGGAGGAAACUGGAUGGGUCUCUAGAGUAGCAUUUGCUCUGACCUGCAACUGUUGGUUGUGGCACCUGUUGCCUAAAUCAGUUUUGCCUUGAAAACUGUAGCAGGCCUGCCAGACUGUAGCAGAUUAUGAACUCUGGUUGGUUAGAGAAGGCUUAUUGGGAGUGGGAGAAGAGUACAGAGAUAGGCAGAGGGAUAUUUGCUAUUUCUUCUUAUGGAGAAUUUAACAAAAGUGCUUGAUCCAUAGCUGCUCGGAACUUUCUGCUCAGGAGGGCUUUGGGCUCCAGAUUCAGCCCGCAAGACACAGACAGAAGCAGCACCCCCUCCCUUGGCAGGGACACCCUUCCCAGAGGCCCCGUCUUCUCCUCACCCCGCGCAGCUGGGUGGAAGCAGGUCCAGGGAGGUCCAGAUAGAUCCCUGUUUGAAGGCUGAAACUGAUGGUUCCCACCUAGGAAGGAGUUGUCAGGGCUGCCGAAAGAUCUGCCACAAAGGAAACUGAAUAGAGGUUUUGAUUAAAAAAAAAAAAAAAAAAGAAAAAAACAACGCACUAGAAUAGGAUCAUUUCUAUUCUGUAGAAAGCCACCGCUCUGUAAACCAUGAUAGCUGGACCGAGUUUCUGGACUUAUAUUCUGUUAGGUGUUUUCAUUCGAAUGUAUUCCAGAGUAAGUGAGUGUCUUCAAGUAGAAAGAUGGCUUUAAUGAAUCUCAGUCAGGGGUUGUGGAGCCAGUUCAGGGAGUGAAGUCAAGGAGAGGAUAUCACAGGUUACCCCUCCAACGCAGCUAUGCUCUGAGUGAGUUCAUUUCUGAGGGUGAUAUUUUUCUGGUAGAGGCUGCAGUGGAGUAUGAUUUCUGUUCUUAUGGGCUGCUCUACUUAUCCCAUUCAAAUGGAAUUUUUAAUAGCUUUUUUUUUAUUAGAGGGACUGAAGAGCUGUAAAUAAUGAUUAAUCAGUUAAUCAAUUUUUCAGAUGAUAUGCUGGAUCGUUACAUUAAGAGCUUCAAACACAGCCUUGUGACCUUCAGGUAAAUCAGAGGGAAAAAUACACCCAAGCUGAACCCCACUCCUUCUUUCUCCCUCCUCUCUCCCUAUGUUCUCGUUUCCUCUGGCUCUUCUUUCUACUGCCAGAGCUCUUUCCCUUUCUCUCUUCCAAGGUGAGAAUGCCUCGUGUUCGAGUGUCACACCGGCCCCAGCCCCUCUCUCCCGUUCUGCCCCCUUCUCUCUCUCCCAGUGCUGGGUCUCACUCCCUUCUUGUUACUUGUUCUGCAUGUCCCCCCGUGUGUGCCUUUCGGACUCUUCUCUGUAUCUUACCCUCAUGUGUACCACUCUCCAGCUACUCUGGGUCUCUCUUGGGGUCUCCUGCUCCCCCCAUCACCCUCUAUCUCCACAUCCUCCUCCCCAACACUCACACAUUCCCAAAUGGAAGGCUUCGUCAUAGGGAGGAGGCCACGGAGGGAGCUUGAGAUGCACUGAGUUCUGUCUAUAGGCAAAGAAGUCAGGGGGGUUGAGAUGCCAUAAGAAUUAACUGGUGGGGAAGUAAGCAGUGGGAGGGUUUGUUCCCUGUUGGAACCAAAGGGUGAAGGGAAGAGCCUCAGAAUGUAUUUGACUACUGAAUCUUGAGGUCCACUAUGGAUGGAAAUACGUCAGAAAAGCAGUGGAAUCUGGUAGUUUUAUAAGCAAGAUAAACACAACAGAAAUGUGGAGGAUUAUUUGUGGUGGGGAAUAAAGAAAUGACUUCAUGCUUUCCCAAAAAGCAGCCUGAGGCUGUGAGUGUGCAUGACACCCUAGUCCCAAGGAGCUUCACUCAGCCAUCUCACUCGGAGCCCAACUCUUGCAUGAACAAUAGCUUUCCUUAGCAUCUUUUCUACAAUGAAAUAUUAUCUCGUGUUAGAGUUAGGAAUAGGAACUAACCUGAAGGAGUAUGUCCCUCCAAUGGACAUUUGAAAGGACAAACAAAAACAACUGUCAGGACUGGAUUUCUGACACAAAGGAAUGACAGCUACAAGGCCACAGAGGAGGAAGACUUGAGUUUUGUAGUACCUAUUCUUAUUUUUAACCUGCUGCAUCACUGGUCUACCUGAGAAACUAAGAAGAAAAUUAGUUUUUCAAGACCUGGUUGAAUCUCUCUGAGGCUGUAGUUAAACCUAUUUGUCCUCUGGGGGAGUCUUCAUACUUAAAAAACCAUUUCUUUUAUCACCAACAACCUGAAAAGGCCAACAGUGAAGGCCAAGUGUAACCAUUUGCAACAUUUAAUUGUACCUAUUGAAAUUGCAGUAAUGCAAACAGUGAUAUAAAUGGUUGUCUUCUCAGUGAGAGAGUAUGUGGCACUUUAGUAAUUUUCAAUUAACAUAUAAACUCUUAAAUCACUUACUGCAAAAUGCAUUUUAAAUCUUCCAAGAAAGUAGAGGUAUAGUCUUCUGUUUUGCUUUGUUUUAAAACAUUUGCCUCAAGUUUCUGUCUUAGAGUAGUGUUUAAGAAUCCAGACACCUUUUAAAAGAAUGCUUUUUUGGGGAAAAACAAGGAAAAACUAUGUUGUAAGACUGAUAGUUGUUUAUUUGCCACAGAUCAAAGGUUCACAAAAUAUAUUGAAUUUACAUCUAUUUGAGGUACCUUGAUAGAUUAUUUUUUUCUUUGACCUUUUCCUUUAGGAAUUUGGAGCCUCAAUGUCAAAUUUUUAUUUUUAAAAAUACUAAUAGUUUUAUUUUGCCAAAUGUGUGCAUACAUAUUCAAAGCAAUGAAACUAUUUCAAGCCAUACAACCACAGGGGUGGGAACCCUUUUCACAAAUUUUAAUGUGUUUGUAUGUAAAUAGAUGUUUGUAUGAAAUAUUUUCAUGGUAGAAUGAAUAUAUUUAAAUGAAGUUGAAUUAUUCCAGUGCUAUUUAAACAAAUUACAAAACUUUUGGUGAGAAUUAUCUGAGUCUAUUGAGAUACAAUGCAGAUCAAUUUUGAUUUUUAAAAUCAAAAGCCUACAGAUAACUCUGACUCAUGGCAACUUCCCUCACGUUGUUGCAUGUGAUGUGGAAAGAGCUCGUAGGCUUCGCAGUGCCUCAGCCGCUUCCUGGUGGUAAGUUAGGUGCUAAAUGGAGGUGUGUUCACCUUUAGUGAUCUCACUAUGGGCCUUCGAGGGGCCUGAGAGUGAAUCAGAGGCAUUAGAGACACCGGUGCAGUUAUCCGGAGCACAAUUUUUUGCAGGGCAGCAGAAUCCGAAGCCAGACGUGGUCGUGGGAACCUCGGAAGUGGGUUCCCUGGCUGCCGUCAUCCGCCACCCUUACUGCCUAGUCACACACGUCAGGGAGGCUGCCCUCAGUGGAGUUGGGGCUCAGACCCCAGGGUGGGACUUCACGGUUUUGUCAGCAACCCCUGCCUCCUGGCCUCCGCCUCGCAGAGAGGAGGGAGAAAGGAGCAGCUGGCCAGGGGCCCAUUUCUCAGCACAGUCCAUUUCCUGUCUCAGCUCUGGGAGACUGUGCGUCUAAGCAUCAAACUUCCAACCAGAGAGAGAGACAUCUUCGGAUAACAAAAUCCCUUGCUUCCUUUGUCUGUGACUUUACACGCAGUUGUUAGAAGUUGUUUCAGUAUCAAGACCAAUCAUCCCUAGGACAUACCUCCCAACUCUCCAGAUUCUUGUGUUAUUGAAAAACUCCUUUAUAAUGGUAUUCAACUUGAGUGGGUUUUUUUUUUUUUUUCCUUCCUGCUUUGGUAGUGGAUAUAAUGAAUUGAUACUAUGAUAAAGUUUCACUGUGUAUACUAGCAAUAUGUACACACAUGCCAAUAGAUCUUAAAGUAUCUAUUUGGUUGCAUUUUGGGUGACUAUAAUUAUCUUGAUUCGUGUAUUGGCAAACUACAGGGACUAAAUCAUACCUACCUAUAAUUUAAGAAGAUUAUGUCCAUGAUCCUGAGCUCCCUGCUUCAAAAGCUUUUCCUCCUGGGUUUUCUAUGUUCUAUUUUUAUCCUGACAUGCAUUUAUUAGGUUGUGAGGUAUGUUUUUAAGGAUUGAAAGCCAGGGGUAAGCUUGCAGCAUUUAUUGCAACAGAAAGUUAACCCCAUCACAGUUAACAAGCAUCCUUGAUUGGUCUUUUAUGGAAUUUGAACUAAAUCUAUGAGCCUUAUUCAAUAUCUAUGAUUCUAUGAUUUUUUUAAUUAUGGGAAAUUAAUGAAAGAUGUUUACAUGAAUAAUGUUUGCCCUUACUGUGUUAUGAAUGAGUUUUUGUAGUGUGUCUGGGUGCAUGUGCAAGAGAGCAGGAAAAAUGUUUCUGAAACAAAACUUGACAAAUAUUUGUAAUGAAAAGUAAAUUUAAAGAUUGCUAUAAUUGCGCUAUAGAAACAAUGCAAGUAUUAAACAAAAUAUCCAAUCA